AUGAUGCGAUGUGCAGACUCGAGUCUCCAUUAUUAUCUUGAUGAAGUCGAUCAAGGUACUGCGUGCAACGGUCUUCCGCCCCACGUUUACCUGGUGAUUGAUUUGUAUACACAGUCACCAUUGUUCAGCCAGAGCGAUGUCGCUGAAUGCCAUUCUGUUGGACCCAAUGCCGCUGACAUAAAGAAACGACACGAGAAUGGACACGUCGAUCGACGCCUCGAAGGCUAA